AUGGAAACUCUAAAGCAAGCAAAGGACAACACUAAAUUUCCCUUCAAAAUCACACCACCCCUUCUCAACUCCGCCUCACCCUGGGCAACCACGCUCUCGGAUCUCGAAGCUCUCUACGCCUCUCCCUACACGGGCGCGGUAACAAUACGCACUUCCCUCUUAUCAGGCUUUCCGCACAACCCUAAAACACACCAAUAUACAUUCUUUUCAACCAGCACAGGCCAUGCAACUUCCGAAGUCAACGCUGAAGGACGAAGUGGGGUUGUUGCCGGCGAGACCAGCAGUGUGAAUACUCUGGGCUAUAGCCCUAUUCCGUUCCACGAGUAUCUAGAUAUGCUCAGGGGGCUUCACUCGUCCGGAAAACUCAAAUCCAACAAACCGUUUAUAGUUUCCGUUACAGGAGCAGCAGAUGAAGUUGCGAGAUGUUAUACCGCCUUGUUGAAAUUGCAAAAUGAGGCGGAGGAAUUGAGCCUGAUGAUGGAGAUAAAUCUUUCCUGUCCGAACAUUCCGUCAAAGCCGCCGCCAGCAUAUGACUCUAAAAGCUUAGCAGAGUAUAUCAGUGCCAUUGCUGUCGGGAAACAGGAUUUUAUUGCUGCCAGUCCUGGUAUGGACGUGAGGGGUGUACACGUAGGCAUUAAAACCCCACCAUACACCUACUCCGACCAAUUCAUCGGCCUGGAGACUGCGCUUGAGGAGUCGGUCAAUUUACCGGGCGGAUGCCCAAUAUCCUUCAUCACGGCGACUAAUACUUUAGGUUCCUGCCUCAUCACUACUUCAGAUAGCGAACCUAUGUUAAAUUCAGCGAAUGGAACCGGGAUGGGGGGUAUGGCUGGGGAUGCAUUACAUCCUCUUGCGCUGGGGAAUGUGAAAACUAUCCGCGGCAUGUUAGACGCUUCCUCCCACGCUGAGAUCAGGGGAAUUCAAAUUAUAGGGGUGGGAGGAGUGAGAGACGGGGCUGGGUAUAAGAGGAUGAGGAGUGUCGGUGCGGAUGCGGUGGCUGUUGGAACGGCGUUAGGAAGGGAAGGCGUGGGUAUUUUUAAGAAUAUUGUAGGGGGGGGUUAG